AUGGCAUACUCCGAUCCAUACAAUACUCUUUGGGCUCAGCAGAGUUAUCUCUUUAACGAGAUCGAUCUUCUAAAGCAUCACUCCGUAGAUAUAGAACGACAACUCCGACGAGCUCAACGAACACUAGCCAAUCCAGAAACGAAACGGUAUGACAGAAGGAAAGCCAAGUGGGUAUCCAAUUCACAACAACGAUACCUCAAAGAGUUGGAACGCGCUCUGCAACAGUUGCUACAAUCUCUGUCGCUCUGUCAGGCACGCAUUGCUCAGAUGCACACCGAAGCUUCGUGGGAAGCAGAUUUAUAUGGUAAUGCCCAACACGUACACGUUAAUCCCCUGAUGGACAACAGCACGACGCCCACACAAGAGACAUACCAACAUGAGGCGCGUUCCACCAGUCCAGAUUCUGGCUUCUCCGAACCAGCUUUGUACGCACACCCUUUUGACCUUGACUUGACUCAAGAUCAGAGCAACCACGUAUUCUCUCACGAGAUCCAACACCCUCUUCCUCUGACUAUCAACACACAAUUCGGACAGACUCCUGCACCGACUCAAAGAGUAACCUUGAGUCCGACCGCUGAAGACUUUACUCCGACUCCAAAGGCAACGCAUAAACUCAUCAGCCCUCUCGCUCCGCCGUUCAGCCCCUUCGUCUUUGCCAAAGCCAAUCCUCCCACUCCCAGCCGCCCGAUCAACGCCGUACCACUGUUCAGGCAACCAAUCUGGUCUUCGCCAUCUGAUUGGAGUGAGCAAGUCGCUGCUGAGAUGACACCCAUAUCGCCGACGGCAAGAGCUGAAGAGGAGGGGCAGAACAACGGAAACAAGAGGAAAUACUCAGUUGCUGCGAUUGAGUUGAUUGAGAGCCGUUUGAGACACAAGAGGCAGGUCAGUGAUGUGGCAAGAGGUGUGCCGGUGCAGGGAUGA